AUGGAGAAAUUGUUUAAGAUAUACAUAUAUGAAGAUGGGGAACCCCCAGUUUUUCACUAUGGCCACUCCAAGGGCGUGCUUGGAUUGGAGGGUAUAUUCAUCCAUCAAAUUGAGAUCAACAAUCAAUUUCAAACAAGAGAUCCAAACAGAGCCCAUGUUUACUUCCUCCCUUUCAGUGUAAUCAGCCUCACUCAUUUUGUCCUGGACAUAAAUGCCCCUGCAUGGGAUGGUAUGAAGAACACCAUCAAGGACUAUGUAAGGGUCGUUUCGGGUAAUUACCCAUAUUGGAAUCGAAGUCUCGGGGCCGAUCAUUUCAUGCUUGCUUGUCAUGAUUGGGGACCUGAGAUAUCCUUUUCAAUUCCAAAUCUUUAUAACAACUCAAUUAGGGCACUUUGCAAUGCCAACACCUCCGAAGGGUUUAACCCGUCGAGGGAUGUCUCUAUCCCGGAGAUUUUACUCCCGGAGGGUACAAUGGAGGGCCUGAUUGGCGGCCCACCACCAUCUAACCGGUCGAUACUCGUGUUCUUCGCUGGUGGAGUCCACGGAUCGAUAAGAGAAAUCAUGUUACGCCAUUGGCAAGAUAAGGAUCCGGAAGUUCGGGUAACCGAGUAUCUACCCGGAUCCGUCAAUUACUACGACAUGAUUCGACAAAGCAAGUUUUGCAUUUGUCCUAGUGGUUGGGAGGUAGCGAGUCCGAGAAUGGUCGAAGGAUUGUACAUGGGUUGUGUCCCGGUUUUGAUUAAGGAUCAUUACGCGAAGCCUUUUGCGGACGUUCUUACUUGGGAAGAAUUUUCAAUUGAAAUUCCAGUAGAAAAAAUUCCGAAUUUGAAGGAGAUUCUAACAGCUAUAUCGGAAGAAGAAUAUUUGAAGUUGCAAAACAAUGGACUCCAAGUGAGAAAACACUUUGAGGUUAAUUUCCCACCAAAGAGGUUUGAUGUUUUUCAUAUGAUUCUUCAUUCCAUUUGGCUAAGGAGGCUUAACAUUCGAGUUUAA